UCUGAUAAAGAAUUAGAUCAUUUACGAUCAUUAACAUAUUGUAGUACAUUAAAAGAUAAUAUACUUUAUACAUGGAAUCAUACACCAACGAAUAUUGAUAUAAAUAAAUUACCUAAAAUACAACGAACUAUGAUUAAACUUGAACGUUUAAUUGGCAAAGGAGCAUUUGGUGAAGUUUAUGCUGGAAUAUUGACAAAUAAUCAACCAAUAGCAAUAAAAGUAAAUUAG